ACAUGAAGCACUUCAUAGCGGCAAUCGUGGUGGCAGCCUGUCUAUUUCUUUGGGCAAAGGAAGGCUCGGCCGUCUUGCUGGAGGAGAACUGUGGAACCACUAGGCGCAUCCCACGAAGAAUUCGUCGGGUAGUUGGAGGCCGAAAUGCUGAAAGAUACUCGAAUCCUUGGGCUGUUCUCGUGCUCGGAGAAAAUGAUAUUGUUUGCAGCGGUUCGCUUAUCACCUCUCGUUUUGUUUUGACUUCAGCCAGUUGCCUUUUCGCGUCGCCUAAGCAGGUGGUUUUGGGCGAAUACGAUAGAAAUUGCACGCGUAAGGAUUGCUUAAAUAAUCGUCAAGUCAUGGAUGUCGAUAGACAGAUUGUCCACCCUAAAUACGGCUAUGAUCAAAUCUCAAACAAUGACAUAGCUCUGCUUCGAAUGGCCAAAGAGGUGGAGUUUUCAGACUAUAUCAGACCAAUUUGUCUGCCCGUCGGUAGGCGAUUUGGAAAUAACAUUCGAGAUUUCAAAGCCGUUGGCUGGGGUAAAACCGAUUCAGGCGAAAUCAGCAUGAUUCUACAGACAGCCACGUUAGAACUUCUCAAACCGGUACUUUGCAGCCGAAAAUUUGGCAAAGUUAUUGAUAAAUCUCAGAUAUGUGUUGGUAGUAUGACCAGCGACACAUGCAACGGCGAUUCGGGAGGUCCGUUGAGCGCACUAAAAAAGUAUAAUAAAACCCAAAGGGUUUUCCAGUUUGGCAUUGUCAGCUACGGAUCUUCCUUCUGUACCGGACUCGGCGUUUACACAAGAGUCCAACACUUUAUGGGCUGGAUUCUGAAAACUAUUAACGAAAAUAUUAAUGAUACUGUUCGCCAGGUACCUUGAAUUUUCCAAUUGUGGAUUAUCGUUAAAUAAAGGUGACACAUUAUUCGUUUAAA